AUGGCCGUUUCACUCGAGCCGCCGCCGACGAGCGCUAGCACCGCAGCAGCUGCAGAUUCCGGGGGGAAGAGAACGAGAAGGCAGAGGAAGCGCAGAACCGGGUCGAACCCAGACGAUUUUGCCUUGACCAAUGAAGAUUUGCUUAAGCGCUUAUCGGACCAGCAGGCAGAUAGCGCUUCAAAUCCUUAUGGUACUACUGCUGGUACUCCCCUCUUGAAACUCGAUCCCUCUGCGACGGGGUUGUCGCUCGUCGCAGAGGUCGCAGCUUUCCUCGUGCGACUAGACGACGCGGAAUCAGCGUCGUCAUCGUCGUCGCCGUCUCCGUCGUCGUCGCAGGCUUGGAAGAGCUCUGCAAACGAUUUUGACGGCGACGCGGCGCGGUUAGAAGUCACGCGGGAAGUGCGCGAGCAACUCGAGGCCGCGUGGAAUCUCAGCCCCAGCGACGCUGGGCGCGGCGCCAGGCGGAAACUUGUCAAGGGGCGGCGGUUUUUGUCCGCUUCUGCGACGAAGCUGCCAGCAGGGGGGGUGGCUGAGGGGGAAACAGAUGUGGCCGGAAGUGUGGCGGAAAUGGAUCCCGCAGCGCGGAGGCGGGCGAUGCGGAGGAGGUUGCGCGCAGCUGCCCUUGCGAUGGGCUUGCGGAUGAGCGGAAACGCGCUGGGAAUGGGGGAAGAUGCGCGGGCGGAAGCGGAAGGUGAAAUGGAGGAGGCGGAAGCCGAUUCAGCUUCCCCGCGCGUAAGGGGAAGUGGCGGAGCGGGACGAGGUUCAGCGGGCGGGGGAGCGGCCGGGGGAAACGCGAUGAGCGAGGAGGAGGUGGAUGCGCUGAUUCGUGACUAUGGCGGGGGUGAUACCGCGAUGAACGUUGAUUGGACGCAGCCGCGCUCGUUACUGCCGGCAAAAGAGGAGCUGCUAUUGGCGGAGCUGAUUCAGCGGGGAAAUGAACUGGAGGAGCGAGCUAAGAUAGCUGCAGCCGCUACCAGGCCUGCGGGUUCUGCAGCCCUAACAGCAGCAGCCUCAGCAGGUGGUGAGGUGAAUGCUGCUCGUGAGGCUGCUGAAGGCUUCGCAGAUGGGCGUGGGGAUGGGGAAGCAGACAGAUAUGCAGAUGCAGAAGCUGAAGCAGAUGCAAGCAUUGCACGUUCGGAAGAGCAGCAGCGGCGGCAGCAGCAGCAGCAGCGGCAUGGGCUGUCGCAUUUGGAAUGGGCAGCGCUUUGCAAUCUGACUCCCAAGCAGCUGCACCGACAGCUGCUCGCCGCUCAGGCCGCCCGGACCAAGCUCGUUCUGCACAACCUUCGCCUUGUGCUCUCCAUCGCCCACUCCUUCCGCCUCUCCACCGGAGCCGACUUCAUCGCUGUCUGCCAGCGCGGCCUAGAGGGCCUCACCACGGCUGCCCGCCGAUUCGAUCCUUCCAGGAAGCUGCGCUUCUCAACCUUUGCCACGCACACCGUCAGGACUGCCAUCAUCCGUGCCAUCCCUUCUACUCAGUUCGUGCGCAUGCCUGCCAGGAGCUCCAUGACUCUCAUUUCAGUGCGCAAGGCAAGAGCAGCAGUGGAGAAUCGUCUAGGUCGUAAGGCUACAGUAGCAGAGGUGGCAGCCGAGGCAGGCCUGUCUGCCGCCCAGUGCCGAGCCGCCCUUGCCGCCCCUCUCGUCACCCGUCCCGUCUCCCUGCACUCGGCCGCUGGUGAUAGCAGCGUGGGGAGAAGCAUGGGCGUGCAGGGAGGCGCAUUGGGCCACACACGAGCAGCCCUUGUUGCCGUGCUUGAUACAUUACAUCCACACGAGGCCACCGUGCUGAGGUGGCGCUUUGGGCUGGGCGGCAAGGACGGCGAGGGCGUGGGGGAGGUCCUAACCCUUCGGCAGAUAGCAGCCAAGAUGGGUCUGUCGUAUGAGAUGGUUCGGCGGUAUGAGGCACGGGGGCUGCUGAAGCUGCAGGUGCCGGCACGGGCCCAGGCGCUGCAGGAGAGUCUGCAGGGAGAUUUGUGA